GGGUAAUGGGCCUGUGACUGACCCUGCCCGCCUGCCUCAUCCCGCCCUUCGAUGGAGUCGAUGUGGAACUCCUCCCAAACACCUCCUCAGUCCACUUCCAACACGUCUGCCUCCUCUCUGUCCGAGGGCUGGGCUCUGUCCCAGUCACUAGCCCUGCUGGCAAUGCUGCUCAUGGACCUGCUGGCUGUGGUGGGUAAUGUGGCUGUCAUGGCAGUCAUUGCGAAGGCCCCCCAGCUCCACAAGUUUGCCUUUGUCUUCCACCUGUGUGUGGUGGACCUCCUGGCGGCCCUGGUGCUGAUGCCGCUUGGCAUGCUGUCCAGCCGAGCGUUUUUCGGGGAGGCUUUGUGCAGGAGCUACCUCUUUCUCAGCGUGUGCCUCGUCAGUGCUGCCAUCCUCUCCAUCUCAGUCAUCAACGUGGAACGGUACUAUUACAUCAUCCAUCCCAUGCGUUACGAAGUGAAGAUGACGGUCGGCCUGGUGGCUUCCGUGUUAGUGGGAAUAUGGGUCAAAGCUCUGGCCAUGUCUGCUCUGCCGCUGCUCGCUUGGUUCCUGCAAAGCGGCAGAGCUCCUCUUCUGGAAGGUAGCGGAGCUGGGGGAGGAGGCGGAGGCGCCAUUCCAUCACCCCCCGCUCAGGGUCACAGGCGCUGCUCGUUGCACUGGACUGGGGGUGGGUCGAACCGUUUAGCUUUCAUGGUCCUCUUCGCUCUGGUGUAUUUCCUGUGUCCGCUGCUGGUCAUCCUAGUUGUGUACUGCAACAUGUUCAAAGUGGCUCGAGUAGCCGCCAUGCACCACGGACCCCUUCCUACUUGGAUGGAAACGCCCCGUCGCCAGAGGUCAGAGUCCCUCAGCAGCCGGUCCACGAUGGUUACCAGCUCUGGGACAGGUACUGGGACAGACAGAGCUACUCCGCAGCGACCCUUUGGGGGAGGAAAGGCUGCAGCGGUGCUAGCAGCAGUAGGUGGGCAAUUUCUUUGCUGCUGGCUUCCCUACUUCACUUUCCACUUGUACUCUGCGCUGGCUGCCAGCCCACCUGCCGCACUGGCCUCCUUGGAGGAGGUGGUCACCUGGAUUGGCUACUUCUGCUUCACCUCUAACCCCUUCUUUUACGGCUGCCUGAACAGGCAGAUCCGCGAGGAGCUGGGCAAGCACCUGCCCUGCUUGUUUCGCAGAGCAGGGCUCGAAGUGGAGGACAGGCUGCCGAGCCGCGAAGGAUCCAUAGAGGAGAACUUCCUUCAGUUUCUUCAGGGCACCGGCUGCAAUUUGGAUCCCCCGAACUCUCGCAGCACUUCCAGUCCUAAGGGGGAGGCCUGCUGCCCCGUGGCCCAGUGCCAGCUGGCUGAGACAGCGCAGCCCAUACCCAUUGAUUUCCGUAUCCCUGGACAAAUAGCAGAGGAGACUUCAGAGUUUAUUGACAUCGAACAGGCAAAAAACAACCACAUAUUUACAGAAAAUUAA